AUGCAUAUUAAUAUAUGGGCUGACAGCAGACAUCAACCGUCUACGGUUGUUACAACGGAUUGUCCUAAUAAUGACUAUGUUUUGACAACCAAAUCAUUAGAAAUAAAAGAAAUUUCAGGCAGUGGCUCCUCGACUACUGAUGUAUCAACUCUUGAUGACAUAUCAGGCAGUGGUUACUCAACUACUGCUGUAUCAACUCUUGUUGACAUAUCAGGCAGUGGUUCAUCGACUACUGAUGUUUCAACUCUUGUUGACAUAUCAGGCAGUGGUUCGUCGACUACUGAUGUAUCAACUCUUGAUGUCAUAUCAGGCAGUGGUUCGUCGACUACUGAUGUAUCAACUCUUGAUGACAUAUCAGGCAGUGGUUCGUCGACUACUGAUGUAUCAACUCUUGAUGACAUAUCAGGCAGUGGUUCCUUGACUACUGCUGUAUCAACUCUUGAUGCCAUAUCAGGCAGUGGUUCAUCGACUACUGAUGUAUCAACUCUUUUUGACAUAUCAGGCAGUGGUUCAUCGACUACUGAUGUAUCAACACUUGAUGACAUAUCAGGCAGUGGUUCUUCGACUACUGAUGUAUCAACUCUUUUUGACAUAUCAGGCAGUGGUUCAUCGACUACUGAUGUAUCAACUCUUGAUGACAUAUCAGGCAGUGGUUCAUCGACUACUGAUGUAUCAACUCUUUUUGACAUAUCAGGCAGUGGUUCCUCAACUACUGAUGUAUCAACUCUUGAUGACAUAUCAGGCAGUGGUUCUUCGACUACUGAUGUAUCAACUCUUGUUGAUAUAUCAGGCAGUGGUUCCUUGACUACUGAUUUAUCAACUCUUCUAGGAAGUACAGAGAAUGACUUAAUCUCAGCUGGAAUAUCAACUAUUGAUGACAAAUCAGGCAGUGGUUCCUCGAUUUAUGAUGACACAAUAGGCAUUGGUUCCUUAACUAUAGAAGAAUUUAAACCAUAUGGACAAGACGGCUAUGACUACAUAAAUUAUUAUGACAACUGA